UGGGUUAAACAUUUCCGCUCCAAAUGAUCGAGGAAAAUGGGAGGCCGUCCAGGGCCAAGAAGAUCUCCAUCGGCGCCGGAGGGUUCCUGGUCGAAAUUCCGUCGGAGAGGGUCGGCUGGGCCAACCCCCUGGAGUUCGUUCUCUCCUGCAUCGGAUAUGCCGUCGGUAUCGGGAACGUUUGGCGUUUCCCUUACCUUUUGUACCGCAACGGUGGAGGUGCCUUCCUGGUUCCCUUCGUGGCGAUGCUGUUCACGAUGGGAUUGCCCAUAUUCUUCCUGGAGCUCGCUAUCGGGCAAUAUUCCGGGCUGGGGCCGACGGAGGCCUUCGCCAGGAUGGCCCCGGCGUUCCAUGGACUGGGCUAUUGUACCGUGGUCGUGAUUACCUUGGUCACCAUAUACUACAUGAUAAUCGUCUCCUGGACCAUCUUCUACACCUUCGCGUCCUUCUCGUCGGAGCUGGCCUGGGCUCGCUGCAACAACGAUUUUAAUUCCAAGGACUGCUACAGCGGCCUCGAGGAGAUGGAGUGCCAGAAGGUGGACUCUGAGACGAUAUUCUACAACAGGACCUGCAUGGCUGUCGCGACGGUCUGCUCCAAUUUCGGCUUUGCCGAUGGAGGGAACGGAACGUACUGCUUCAACGGCACCACCGCCACGGACAUCAGGUCGCUCUACACCAGGGUUCUGUCCUCCGAGGAGUACUUCAGCGACUACGUCCUGGGGAUCCGUGGAGCCACCUGGGAGAACUUCGGCGGCAUCAGAUGGGAACUCCUGGGGUGCCUCACCCUCGCCUGGCUGAUCUGUUUCGUAUGCCUCAUGGGUGGAGUGCAGUAUAUCGGGAAGGUCGUUUACUUCACCGCUCUCUUCCCCUACGUCGUUCUCCUGGCGCUGCUGAUAAGAGGUGUCACCUUGGACGGCGCCGCCGAGGGCAUCACCUGGUACAUCAGCCCCAAGUGGUCCACCCUGAAGAACGUCAACGUCUGGGCUGACGCGGCCUCCCAGAUAUUUUAUUCCCUGGGCAUUGGCUGCGGAUCUCUGGUCACUCUGGCCAGCUACAGCUCCUUCACGAACAACUGUCACAGAGACGCGAUCUUCGUCACUAUCGCGAAUCUAUUCACCUCCAUUUUCGCCGGCUUCGCGAUAUUCUCCAUCCUGGGCUUCCUGGCGCGGCAGAUGAAUCUGCCCAUCGAGGAGGUGGUCCAGAGCGGCACCGGGUUGGCGUUCAUCGCGUAUCCGGAGGCUGUGGUGCGGAUGCCGCUGCCGAAUCUCUGGGCAGUACUCUUCUUCUUCAUGCUCUUCAUCCUCGGCAUCGGCAGUCAGUUCGCAGGGGUGCAGGCGAUCAACACGGCUGUUCUGGACGUGUAUCCCAAGCUGAGGAAGCACGAGGCCCUGGUAAUUCUGGGGAUAUGCUCGUCCUGCUGGCUCCUAGGCUUGCCCAUGGUGUUCGACGGCGGCAUUUACCUGUUCACUCUGAUGGACUGGAAUACUGCUUCCUGGGCCAUACUAUUGAUCGGCAUUGCCGAGGUGGUCCUGGCUUCCUGGUCCUACGGAUGCAACAAAUUCCUCGGCAACAUAGCGGAAAUGCAAAUCAAGUUUGGAUGUUUACUCCACGGUUACUGGUGGCUCUGCUGGGUGGUGCUCGCCCCCGCCACCGCAGCGGCCAUCUUCGUGUACCAAAUGUACCAUUACGAGGCGGCGGCUUAUCCAGGGUACGAGUUCCCCUGGUGGGCCGACGGAAUCGGGACGUUAAUCGGGCUAUCCACCCUGGCCCCGCUGCCGGCGUUCCUGGCAUAUCGACUCUGGAAAGGACCGAGAGACUGGAGCCUGCUGAGGCCCACUAUAACGUGGGGCCCCGUGGAGAAGACCUCGGAGAAGAUCCCGGAGAACGGCGGUCCAUCAGCGCCGGAGGCUGCGACCUGCGGCAGCGCCACUUAA